AUGGCUUUCUCUGGCAGAUACGAAGUGGAAAGUGAGGAAAACUAUGAGAGUUUUAUGAAGCGCAUGGCUCUUCCUGCCGACGUAAUUGAAAAAGGAAAAAAUUUCAAGAUUGUUACUGAAGUGCUACAGAAUGGAGAUGAAUUCACCUGGUCCCAGAUUUACCCAAGCGGGCAUUCCAUGACUAAUAAGUUUGUUAUUGGCAAGGAAUCCAAAAUGGAGACAAUGGGUGGUAAAAAAUUCAAGGCAACUGUUAAAAUGGAAGGCGGAAAAGUGGUUGCUGAAUUCCCUAAUUAUCAUCAUACUGCAGAGAUUGCUGGGGGUAAACUAGUUGAGAUUUCUACCAUUGGCGAUGUAACUUUCAAAAGAAUCAGCAAGAGACUGGCCUAAGAAGCCGUUGGAGGAGGAAUAAUUGUGGCCUUAAUGAUACUUGAAAAGUGAGCAAUUAAAAAAACCCAAUAUAAAGUAA